UUGUGCCCUAUAAAUACGCUUGGUUCGUAGCUUCUCAUCACACACUCGCAGCUGAUUCACCGCUUAAGUAAUUUGCAGAUCGAGAGAGAAGCGAAACCAUGGCGUCCAAGGCGCUCCUAGUGCUCGCGCUCCUGCUCGCUGCUGCUUUCCUUGUCGCCUCAGCUAACAACGAGCACACCCAGCCGAAGGAGGAGGAGAGCAAGCAGGCCGGCGUGCAGGACUACCACCGCGGCGGCGGCUACCCCGGCGGCGGCUGGCGCGGAGGAGGCGGCUACCCCGGCGGCGGCCGGCGCGGGGGCGGUGGCUACCCUGGCCACGGCGGCGGCGGCGGGUACUGCCGGUGGGGGUGCUGCAACCGCGGCUACUACGGCGGCUGCCGCUGCUGCUCGCGCCCCGACGAGAUCCCGGAGCCCAUGUACCGCCCGGAGUUCGUCGAGGUCCACGACUGAAUGAACAAUCUAGCUGCACGUACGGCCUCGUUGCCAUGUACUACUACUACUACUAAGACUACGUACACGACCUACCUAGCUAAUAAAGUAAUAAUAAGCAGUCGAUCGGUAAAAGUAUGGGUUCAACAAUAAAGGAUGCAUGUAUGCAAUUGUGCGUGUGAUGAAUGUAUGUCCGUGUGUGCUUGAUGCAGUAGAAUGUAACUCUCAUGCAUGUAUAAUCAUGCAUGCCGUCGAAUAAAGAAUAAGAGAGUCGUUGUUGCUAUA